UAUCCCUGCACAGAGACACACACUCCUCUGCUUCUCUCUCUAGCCUAAGCCUUGUAGCUUGCGUUGAUGGUGUAUUAAUAUACCAAAGGAAACUUCCAUCCUUUCCAUUGAUUGUAGUGGAUCGGAUCCAUCCUCAUGCAAAAGCAAAACGCCCUCCUCUUCUUCUUCUUCCUCCUCCUCCUCCUCUCCCAAUCCCAAUAAAAAGGCAAGCCUAGCUACACCCCACACACAACCAACUCUUCCUCUUCUCCACAAUUCAGCGAGCCAGCCAGCCACUCUUCCUCUUCUCUCCCUCUCUCUCCUGCUUCCGGCCCAAUCCCAAUAAAAAGGCAAGCGGCAUGCAUACACCGGAGGCGGUGGAGGCGCCGCCGCCGCUCCUCGUCAUGCCCACGUCCUCCACGGAGCACUCCGCCGGCGAGCUGGACAGGCACCACCCGCAGCCGCCCCUCACCGUCGUCAAGCGCAAGCGCACCAAGAGGCCGCGCCACCACCCGCCGGCGUCCUCCUCCGCGUCGUCCUCCGAGAGCACAACCACCGAGGAGGAGGACAUGGCGCACUGCCUCAUCCUCCUCGCCCAGGGAGCCGGCGGCGGCUCAUCAGGGGCCCACGCCGCCGUCGACUCCAAGCAUUCGCCUUCGCUUUCGCCGCCCCCGGCCGCCGCCCCGCCGGCGCCGGCGAAGAGCGAGAGGUACACCAGCCGCAAGUACACGGAAGCCGUGACUACGGCGGACGGCGUCAAAGCCGGCUUCUACGUGUACGAGUGCAAGACGUGCAACAAGUGCUUCCCCACCUUCCAGGCGCUCGGCGGCCACCGCGCGAGCCACAAGAAGCCGCGCAUCGCCGGCACCGACGACGAGAUCGUCCUCACCACCACCACCACCACCACCAUAAAGCAGCAGCAGAAGCCACCGAUGAUGGCCACAGCGUCGCCGGCGCCGGCGCCGGCGCCUCUCCUCCAGCCUCAGACGACGAUCGACGUCGCCGUCUUCCCGGACGUGACCACCGCGCUGAGCCUCAACAGCGUCGCCAUGACCACCACGACAAAGCUGCGGGUGCACGAGUGCUCGAUAUGCGGCGCCGAGUUCGCGUCGGGGCAGGCGCUGGGCGGCCACAUGCGGCGCCACCGGCCGCUCAACGCGCCGGAGCGCGCGGUCACCGCGAUCGCCGCCGCCGCGGACACCACCAAGAAAGAGGCGGGGAGCGCGGGCAUCAACCUGGAGCUGGACCUCAACCUGCCGGCGCCGUCCGACGAGGAAGCCCUGUCGCUGCCGGCGGCGGCGCCACCGGCCGUCGUGCUCGGCCUCGGGCAGUUCAGCAACGGCAACAAGGGUGGCCUUAUGCUGACAGCCUCAGCACUGGUGGAUUGCCAUUAUUGACAUGAGAGCCGGCCAUCGCUGGCCUAGCCUCAUGAAUUCUUUUCUUAACAACAAACACUGAUUACAUAUUCAUCUCUUCUUCUUCUUCUUCUUCUUCUUCUUUUUUCUUAUUUCUUCUUGGGGAUGAAUUCUACCAUGCAUCCUCAAUUAUACUCACAAUUUAUUCUUAUUGGGAUAUAGUAUUUAUAUCAGGGACGAAGCUGUAACUGUAAUAUAUAUACACACACACAAUUGAUUCUUUCAAUUCUUUGGUGUAACAUACUACACUGUAUGUAGCGAUUAACAUGUAGUACAUUUCAUACUGUUGGUGAUGGAUGAAAUUGGCAUUGAAA